AUGUCUGCAAAGGGUGUACUGACUGUUUCUGCGUCCCAGGUCAUGCCCACUGGCCUGGAUCCAGACAUCGCCGGCCGAGCUGUCAGCCAACUUCAGGCCUGCAAGGCGGAGUUCGACGCCUGGGCCGAGGAUAUCGAUAGCCUAGAUCUGAAGCGGAUGCCGGGGGCGUCCGCGGUGGUGACCGCGAUACACAACGCGCAGGGCACUACGCUCACCGCGCUCACCGCCGCACUGCGCGUCGUCGAUGACUAUCGCAAGUUCUGCGCGCUCGUCGAGGAGAAUCUCCGGGACGCGAGUUACGACCCUUCCGGCGAGCUCAGAUUCGAUCAGCGCAUCCUCACCGCCGGGGAAUAUACCCGCUCCUCUUCGGCACAACUCUGCGAACUCAUUCGUGAGUUGCAAGAGAUUCUCGGGGAUCUCAGGAAACAGGUGGAGAGGCUUGGGCAGGAAGAGAAGAAGAGGAAGGGGUGGUUUGGUAGGCUCAUGGACCGCUUUCUGGGUGCUGUCGAGGCGAUUGCCCGAGCGGUACUAGCAAGCCUUGGGCUGUUUUCCCCCAACGGCGCUUUUGCGUCGGCCUUCGCGUCAUUUGCGGAUAGCGCAGUCAUUGGCUCGGUGUAUCUCCGUAGAGACCACUCUGCCGGUGAUAGCGCAGGCGCUGCCGCGAAGAACGCCGAGAUUCGAGACUUGUUGGACAACAUUCGCCACCGCGUGGUACAAGGCGUCCCUGGCGCACAGAAGUCCAUGACUUCCACUCUAUCCGACCAAGAACUUUUGCGGACGCAAGUCGCGCUUCGUACUAAAAGGAUGCGGACGAACCCUCAGGAUGCCCAGAAGGCUGCCCAGCAGUGGCAAGUCAUGACUCUACGAUACGAUCGCAUCGCGAACCAACCUAGGUAG